GAUGACUGAAACGUAUGGAGGCACAUGUGUCAGUCAUCGGUUAUCCAAUGGCGUCACUGUAAGUCGAAGGUCAAGAGCGAAGCAGCAUGGCCGCUUUGUUAAGGGGCUCGCGGUGUCUAGUAGGAAAGUGUCAUAGUCAUGUCAACGCAGUGCAGGUCUCCGUCAGGUAUAUGGCCUCUAAGACCCAGGUGGGCUUCAUUGGCCUGGGGAACAUGGGAAGCCCAAUGGCAAAGAACCUCAUAAAACAUGGAUAUCCAUUGAUAGCCUCCGAUGUAUUUCCAGAGUCCUGCAAAGAGCUACAGGAGCUAGGAGCUCAGAUUCUGGACAGCCCUGCAGACGUGGCAGACAAAGCAGAUCGAAUCAUCACAAUGCUUCCUUCCAGCCCCAAUGUUAUAGAUGUAUACACGGGCCCAAAUGGCAUCCUGAAGAAAGUGAAGAAGGGAUCCCUGCUCAUUGAUUCCAGCACUAUCGAUCCAGCGGUCUCCAAGGAAAUGGCAGUUGCCGCAGAGAAACUGGGAGCUGUUUUCAUGGAUGCCCCAGUGUCUGGAGGUGUUGGCGCAGCGACUUCAGGUAAGCUCACCUUCAUGGUUGGUGGGCCGGAGGAGGAGUUCAAUGCCGCCAAGGAGCUUCUGAGCUGCAUGGGCGCCAAUGUGGUGUACUGUGGCCAAGUUGGCACUGGACAGGCAGCUAAAAUCUGCAACAAUAUGCUGCUGGCCAUUGGGAUGAUUGGAACAGCAGAGACCAUGAACUUGGGAAUCAGGUUAGGGCUUGACCCAAAACUUCUGGCAAAGAUCUUGAACAUGAGCUCUGGCCGCUGCUGGUCAAGUGACACUUACAACCCUGUGCCGGGGGUCAUGGAGGGAGUGCCCUCAGCUAACAACUACCAGGGAGGCUUUGGAACUACACUAAUGGCCAAGGAUCUGGGACUUGCUCAGAACACAGCAACUAACACGAAGACCCCAGUGCCGUUGGGCUCUCUGUCCCAUCAGAUUUACCGCAUGAUGUGCGCACGCGGCUACGCCGGCAAGGACUUCUCCUCGGUCUUCCAGUUCCUUCGAGAAGAGGAGGGCCAGUAGAAGGCAACGCGCUCUGCACCCUCUACAGCCUUACCCAGCACUGCCUGCCUUUCACAUGACCUGACAUGCAAAACUUUGACCCAACUAUGUGAUUUAAUUGGCAUGCGUGUGCUGGGAGCCAUGAACGAAUGAAUGAAUGAGUGAACACAUUAUGUAGUUUGGAUGGUAGUGGCAGAGGCGUGUGUUGGUGUGUAAUGUUUGAGGCUGCGAUUACUUUUGUGGGCCCGCUCAUGUACAAUUAGUAAUCCACCAAUCAAUCGAUGAGAUGCUGUGAAUUUAAACUGCUCAGAUUUUUGUAGGCUAACAAAUGUAUCGUUUCAUUCUCACAAACUCGGAUCAGCCAUGACACUCCUUUUUCUUUGCAUACGAACAAUUUGUAGUUGUUUGCCUUUCGUUCAUCCGUUGAGCCUGAUUUGCUCUGGGCUAGUCUUGGUAAUCGUCAGUGGUGUUGGAUCUGCAUGUUGUAUUCACGUACAUUUGAACACCUGAAAAUUAAAGCAGGAAAUCUCUGCGGCUUUGAUGUUAAGACUGCGUGUCUUUACAUGUUUAUAACCCCUAUCUUUCGGUUCUGCACAAACCUGGAAACCGAAGUCGUAUUGUAAGGGAAAUAACGCAGGUUUACAAUUGUAUAGUUAAUCCAGAUGAAUGCGGUUAACCAGUUACAAUGAUGCAACAAAUCACACAUUUUUACCAGGUCUCCGCCCUCUUUUCAAGGUCAAGCAGUGGAAUGUUUCUUUUUUUUUUUUUUUUUUGAUGCUUCUUUAUGAAGCCUCACCUUGAAUUCGGCGGCACGUAACACGCACAAUAAAAAUGACUCAUCAAAUCUUUUAACACAUCAAGGAAACUCUGUAAUUUUAGUUUCUUGUUCUCUGUGUUAGACUGAAUGGGAUAAUUCGCCCACAAAUAAAAAUUGUCACUAUUUACUCAUUCUCACGUUCAACAAAACUUUUUUUCUCUCUCUCUCUCUUUUAGAACACAAAAGAACAUCUUUUGAAGAAAGUGCUGUUUUUUGUUGUUUGUUUUUAGAUCAAGCUAACGGGUAUCAAAACAAUAUUAGACCCUAUUGACUUUAAAUGCAUGGACAAAAAAAGACAAAAUAUAAUUUGUUGUAUUCUAAAAAAAGAAAUUCGGAAUGGUUUGGAUUGCCAUGAGGGCGAGAACAUGAUAACUGAUAUAUUUCAAGGUCAGGAAUCCAGUACAAAAUUAUAUUCAAGCAACUAUUAUGUCAUUUCAUCUGUCCUUACUGGCUUCGGACACUCUUCCGUGAAGCUAAUAACGAUACAGUCAAGAUGCAUAUUUUGAAGAACAAAAUCCGGUUUGACUCCUCGCUUUCUUUCUUGCUCAGUAUUUCCCUCUUCUUCCGUCUCUCCUCAGAACUUUGCCUUGCUGCUCCAUCCUCUCUCAUCGUCUUUCUCGUCUCGUCACGCUCGCUUUUUGCUCUCCUGCUUUCUAAAACGAGGGAAAAAUCAGUCAGUGGUAUGUUUCUGAUCUACCCACCGAAGAGCCACAGAGAGGCCAUAAUGCUAGAGGUCACAUGAUCACAGGACAAACCCAUAAAAAAUCCAUUAAGCAUGGAGGCCUAAGUGCUGUGUUGUUAUCUAGUUGGCAGGUCUUGCAAACAGAGGACCAUGGGGUAGUUAGACUUCAGACAGCCCAAAACCAGGAAUCCCAUUCCGGUUUCACCCACUUAAAGCUCUCUGGUCGUUGGAACAAAUCUGUUCUCAGGGCGAAAGAUUUUCCAGACCGAAAAAUGUAUCGUAAUUGUGGUUUUACUCGUUGUGUCCUUUCUUUUGACCGGCACGCAACAGGCGCUUCAGACUCGGAUUACGCGGGCAGUCGCCGUCAACCGAGAAGGUCACGUGGUGAAUAACAACAUUGAAUGACCAUAUCUGCUUCUUAUUCGUUUUUAUUCAUUUAUUUUUAUUGUAUUUCCUCAUUUCAGCCUAGCAUUUAAAAGUGUCGCUUGUUGAUUGAAUAAAACACGUUUCUAAAACCA